AGAAGCUUUUUUUCUCUCUUGCAUUGACCUUGUUCCCCAGUUUUUGUCUCUCUUCCACUUCUGACUUCUGUAAUCUUCUUCUCACAUCCUCGCACGUUUUUUUUUCCCCUCGGACCGAUCAAAAAUUCAGAGUCUCUAAAAUGUUUGAUUCGAUUCGAAUCCUUCCUCUGUGAUCUCGAACGACGAUUGAUUUCCACCCCCUGUGUCUGAAAUUAGGGUUAGAUAAGGUUUGAUCAAUGAUGCAAGGUGAAGUACAAUUGCAGCCACCGGAUUCACAGAAGCUUAGUGAUUCCGCUCCCUUGUUGGGGGAUCAGACCACUUCUUCUUCUUCUUCUUCUUCUUCUUCUUCUUCGGCGUCUCCUCCUGCGUCUGUGGUGGCAGGAAAUAGCGAUGAGAUAAAAACCGAAGAUUUGGAGAACGAUGCUUCUUCAGCUCCUUGCUGUCGUAUUUGCUUGGAGGACGAUAGCGAAUUGCUAGGCGAUGAAUUGAUAUCACCUUGUAUGUGCAAAGGAACUCAACAGUUCGUGCAUCGGUCAUGUCUCGAUCAUUGGCGAUCGGUUAAGGAAGGUUUUGCUUUCUCUCACUGUACCACCUGCAAAGCACAGUUUCAUCUCAGAGUCGAACCCUUUGAGGAUAACAACUCCUGGCGUCGUAAAGCUAAAUUCAGACUCUUUGUCGCAAGAGAUGUGCUUUUGGUAUUCUUAGCUGUGCAGACUGUUAUCGCUGUUAUGGCUGGACUUGCAUAUAUGAUGGACAAAGAUGGAGAAUUUCGAAACUCUUUCAACGAUGAUUGGGAUCGUAUAUUGUCGAAACAUCCCAUCCCGUUUUAUUACUGCAUUGGGGUUGUAUCCUUCUUUGUGCUGACUGGAUUUCUUGGAAUCAUUCUACAUUGCUCUGCCAUCAACGGUAAUGACCCGAGGAUGGCUGGAUGCCAGAACUGCUGUUACGGAUGGGGUGUCUUGGAUUGUUUCCCUGCUUCAAUGGAAGCUUGUUUCGCUCUUGUUGUUGUCUUUGUCGUCAUCUUCGCAAUUCUUGGUUUAGCGUAUGGGUUUCUUGCUGCUACUAUGGCUAUCCAAAGGAUAUGGCAGAGACAUUACCAUAUUCUCACCAAGCGAGAGCUCACAAAGGAGUACAUUGUGGAGGAUCUUCACGGAAGUUACACUCCCCCAAAGCUGGAUGCUGAGCACGAAGGAAGACUGAAAAUGCUGAAACUUCUGUGACCGUUUCUUUUGGCUGUGCAAUCAAGAUUCUAUGGAGUUUCAGGCAGAUUAGAGAAACCAGUUCAUACAUCUUUCUCCACAGAGAAUGUCUUUCUUCUCUUUGUCACCCGAUGAUAAGUACCUAAUGUAUGUUGCCUUCGAUAUAUAUAUGAGUUGAAGCAAUCGUUAUUGCACUUUAGUGAAUACUAAAGACAUUGAGACCCAAAUAUACAAACAGAGUCUAUAAUUUGUUGUUUCAGUUUUACUC